AUGCUCAUAGAGUAGUUAUGUCAGUUUCACCAAAAUCUAUGUUUGAAGAAAACACUUCAUCUUCAUUCAUUUUCAUAACAAAAUAUCAUAAUCAAAAUAAACUCAUAAUUUCAUAUUGAUUUAAGAAAAAUAUACAACUAUAAUCGAAUAUGAGUAAUUCACGGUCAGGAAUGUCUCAAAUGAAUGGGAACUCCAAUAGAAGACACCCUGCCUUGAACCGAAAUAAUUCAAACGAAAAAUCUUCAUCAAAUGCUAACCAUAAUCUUCCUCAUGACUAUGUAAUAAGAUAUAUCAAUGAUUCCUGGAAUGCAGUCAACCAAGAACUAGAAAAAAAUACUGGAACGACAAAGUAUUACAAGGAAGAAAAUCAUAAUUUGAAAGACUUCCGGCCCUUCAAUUUGGAAGCUUUCUGGGGUAGAAGGGCUGUUCAAUAUUAUCAACAGAAUCAAACUAGACAUUCUUAGAAUUAAGGACUGAGUAUUGACUGUUAGCUUUUUGUACUUGUUUGUUUCAAAUUAUGUGAUAAUCGUUUGAAAAUGUAAUUUCAGUAAAAUCGCUAGAAAGUCAA